CGUGAACUUUCAAUGUGAAUAACACGUAAAACCGUUCGUGUCUCAAUGAAGUCUGGUGAUAAAAUGAUAGCAUGAUGUGUUUUGGCUGGAAUUUAUUAAUGCCUCGUGUAACAACUUUAAACUUUACUUCAAAUAGGCGAUACUUACCUAGCUGACACAAUGGAUCAAUCCCUCAGUCCUAUUUCAGACAUUCGAAACGAGGGUGUCGAGGUGUCCCGUCGUCUGUACAGGAGUAUGAUGGACACUACCCGUCAGUUAGAUGACCUGAGGAGCCAUGCCAAAUCCACUAGAGAACUUUUUCUAGUUCCAGCUCAAUCACUGAGAAUUAAACUAAGAGAGAUAGCUGAACGCCUGUUGUUUUCUAGCUCUUUAUUUCAAAGACACAAAGUUGAGGAGAUACUCUGGAGAAAAGGGUUUUAUGAAGAUGUAUCAACUGCUAAACGUUUGAGAAAGGAAAAUCAGUGGCUACCAGAGGAGCGGUCACAACUUUUGCUACAUUUAAAAUGUGGUAUUGGAUUUUACCACCACUUGAUACUGUAUCUUCAGUCAGAGUUUGGAAUUUCUUCAGGUUGCGUUGAUUUUCCCAUGAUGUUUCCUGAUCAAGAUUAUGGUAAAAGUAAGCCAACACCUUCAUCAAAACAACUUCUUGCUGCUCGAGAUUCUAUUCAUCGAUGUCUUGUGUGUUUGGGUGAUUUAAAUAGAUAUCUUAUGGACAUACCUCCAUGCGGGAAUCAUAAAAUUGCAUUUCGAUAUUACCAUCAGGCACUUUCAUGGAAUCCAGACAUUGGAAUGCCACACAACCAACUAGGUACCUUGUCAUUGAGUACAAAUUGUAACUUAGAUGCUGUAUACUACUAUAUGCGAUGUUUGAUGUGCGUUCAGUCUUUUGAAGGUGCUGAAGGUAAUUUGAAGAGAUCAUUUGAACGAAAUGCUCAGAAAGUACCUCAAGAGAGGACAGUUGGACCAGGAUCUACUUUUUGGCGCUGCCAUUGUUUGGCUCCUGGAAGUGCACAGCUGUCUGAGUCGCAGGACCAUGUUCAGCAGUUUAUCACUCAUUUUUUGUUGCUUGCUGACCUAUGGUAUUUUGACAAGAAGCCUGUCUCCAAUCUCAGUGAUCUGUGCCAUCAAACUUUGUUGGAUUUCCGAAUCUGUCUUGGGUUUACUGAGUCAAUUAAUUCAAAUAGUGAAAAUCACUAUUUAUCUAGCUCCUUAUCUAGACCCCAAGAGAAUUUCCCAUCAUACCUUUCUAAGGAUAUGGUUCUAAAGAUAGUUGUUGUGACACUUAUUUGUCUUUAUAAACUAAGAAGCAAAGGGUCGGUUCAAGUUUCUUCGCUUGUUGCCUUCCUGUUGGCUAUAUUUUGUCUUCUGAUUCAACAAGUACAAGAAAACUUCCAAGAUUCCGUUUUAAAUUUGUCUUUGCCAAUUGUAAAAGAUCAUGAUGGUGUUGAGUUGUCAGAUAAAAAAUCAGAUAUUAAGGAAAAUGAUUCUGCUAAAGAAGAACAGAAAUCAUCCGAAGAUUCUAAAGAAAAUGGUCACUUAAAUGGCGAUGGCCUGAGUAUCAUAUCAAAUGGAAUUUCUAAUGAUGUUAAGAAACGGCCUAAAAAACUUAAAAGAAUAGUGAGACGCCGUCAUAGACAGUCCAAUACAUCUGACUCAGAUGAAAGUAAUGAUGAAGAAUGUAAUCUAUCUGCUUCAUCUGACUUGAGUGAAGAUGAGGAAGUAGUCUUAGAUUUAAGUUCAGAUGAAGAUGGAGAAUUGAAUGGUAGAAUAAAUGGUGGUAUUUCAAGUGGUGAUAAUGAUGCUGAUGUUGUCAUUCUAGAGGAGGUAACAGAUGUCAAUGAUAUCUCACAAUCAGCUCAAGUAAGAAAUGGCCAUGGAAGUCCCAGCACAAUGCUAACAAACUUAGCACUAAAGCCUGCAAAUCCAAUAGAUGUUCUUGAACAAGUUGCAGAGGAGAGUCUUCUUCCUGCUAUUAAAGUUUGUGUUGAUUGGCUCUUGGGUGACAAAACUGUUGUUGAAGCUUGUGGCAGAGAAUCAUUUGAUUUGAUCAAGAAGUUUGUUGAGUUAGUAAAUGUUAUAAACAUUGAUUUGAAGGAUAUAGAAGAAGAUUUAUCUGCUCAGUCUUACUUGAAACACUACUCUAUGAUUGAAGGAAAGUGCAAGGUACCUCUUCCAGAGGAUGCCCAGUUACAGAAAUUAACAUUUCUUGACAAAGCUCAUGAAAAUUUGGAUUGGGAGUUGAUAAGGCAAAAGUGUCUGAGUUCUAAAGAAGAGGCUCUCUUGAGAAUCCAGAGGCUUGUGCAAUUCUGCAACUUUCUUGAAACAAUUCCUGAGACAGGUGUAGAAUACCAUAGUGGCACCAGGAAGUUCUUGGCUAAGAAAAAAGUAAACAUUGAUACUCCCACUAAAGCUCCUGUGUCUCCAAGUGUUGAUCAUCAAAGGAGAGAGGAAGUUAUGCAUAACAUGGGCCAAUUGUGGCUCAGGGCAGAAGUGCAGAAUUUAGAGACAUCUGUGAAGAGGGGUAGCAGGGGAGCAACAUUCUCUCCUUAUUUGGUUCUUGAUGUAGAUGCUUUGACAAAGUACUAUCAAAUGGUUGGACAGCUCAUGGCCAGUCGGAAGUUCAUCAUGGUUGUUCCCUCGAUUGUUUUGACAGCUUUAGACCAACUGAAACGUGAUAGUGCUUUGGCUCGUAAUGCCAUUCGUUGGCUAGAAUUUCAGUUUCAGAAAGGCAGCCGAUUUCUCAGAGCACAAAAGUCACAAGAAGCCUUGCACUUGCCUCUAGUCUCCUACCCCAAACAAAAAUCUCGUGAAGCCUGGACAUAUUUUCAAGUACUCGAAUGUUGCCACUACCUGAAUAACCAAAGUAGUGCAUGUCGCAACAAGGAUUCAGAUGCUAAUUUUGUUACUCUUCUGACUGGGCAUACUUGGGAUGAUAGCACAACAUUCAGUCCUGUUGGUGUUGCAAAAGCUGUUGGUAUCUCAUUGGAACAUAUUGAAUCAUUUUUCGCAAAGUGGAAAACUUCAAGUAAAAGUCACGGAUGAAGUCUUUGACUGCUCUUUUUGGAGCUAAUGCAAUGAAGCAACCAGAAACCAGUUGGUUUCAGGUUCUGAGACCCCAACUGUACACCAGAUCCACUGUUGCAUUUUUGAGCAGUGCGAUAAUGUACCCUUUCCAUUUUUGACAAAAUGUCCCAUGUUAUCAGGUCAUGCUGUAAUUUUCACAUUCUGUUUAAUUCUCAGAGUUUAAUGUGAUUGACAUUUUAAAACUUUAUCAGAAUACACAUGAUUCAUGAUUGUAAGAAGGAAAAAUCAGUAACACAACUGUUAAUGAUAAAAUGAGUCAUUUUGUCAUACUGGAAAAAAAUCAGCUGUCUAAGAAACUCCAUGGAAUCCUGGAAAAGCAAUGACACGUUCAUGAAAGUUGACUAUGCUUUUAUUAGGAGACUGGACUACUUUUAUCGAAAGGAUUGUGAAGAAUAUGUCCAUGGAGUCUUAGAUAAGUGCACUUUUUGCCAAGUGAGCAAUGUGAUUCAUAUUCACCAAGUGUGAUUUGAAUUUGCUAUGAAAUCCAUAGCAGUUGAUUAUUUGAUUGAUAGUCUUGCCAAUUGAGUUCUGAUGAUUUUUAAUUUCCUUACGCCCUGGUUUCAUAAUUUCAUGUAUCCAGCCUUCCUUUUCAUUUGGAAAGAAGAAAGUGCUUGCAGAGGCUGAAGCAAUAUGUCUUCAAAGAUCAGCUUACUUUUUAAGCCAACUUUUCUGUUUUAUUUUGGUAGUUUAUGUGCUAAUGUCUCUUGAAUACGUAUUAGUUUAAUAAAUACAAGAAUCAAAUUUUAUUUUCAUAACAUUGUUUUCUGACACACAUGAUUAGGCAUGCUUAAUUUUUAUGUUUUCUGGUUUUAAAUUGUUCAUUUUGAGAAGUUGUUAUUAUAAUUUUUCUAGGCUUACAAAAAUUUUAACAAACCAUCAAAUUUUGUAAACAAUAAUUUUCCUUUUCCAUUUUUUUCUUGUUUCUUUCCUUAAUUAAAAAUUGUGUCUCAGACAGUGUCAUCACAUGGAAUUGAGUUCAAACAAGUAUCUUCCUCUUUUGCUUGCAUGAUUCUAAGAUACACUUACCUAUAUUUUCUACUGUUCUUAUACCUCUUAACAGGGACAUAUACUUGUUUUCUUCUUGUUUCUUUUUUUUUUUAUACUACCUGACAUAUGCGACUCAAUGUUGACCAGAAAUGUAUUUUUCACUUUAAAAUGUUUCUAGCCAAGUUGGCAUUAAAACAAACAAUCGCAUCAAAACUUAUUUUUCUUUCUUUGAAGUGCCCCGAAAAGGGCGUUAAGUUUGAAAUACAGUUAUUCAUCGCAUCGAA